CAUACUCAGAUGAGCCGGCCGUUUUCAAGCAAAAACACGUUUCAACGAACAUAGUCUCCAUAUGAGACACGUCGUGUUUGUUUUGAAUACGCUUUACACUGAUAACCUUUAAACUUGAUCAAGGCCCGCGUCUGGCAAUUGGCAAUCAGUUGUUGGAAAAGAGUCGCCGGGUACAGUUCGUGAGUUCUUGUUUUCCAAUAAUCCAAGGUGCAUGUGAUAUUACACGCGAAAUAAUGGAGACGUGGUGCAAAAAACUUUUUCUACUGUGUUUCUUCGCUACAGUGCUGUCAACUUAUGCUGAACAAUGCCGCAACUCGGAAUGCAUCAAUCUUGACCAGUGCGUCGGACUGUACACCCAGUUGCAACAAAAUCCCGAAAAUAAUGACAUAGUUCAGCUACUGAGGAGACUCCAUUGCGGUUUUAAUAGACGCACGCCGAUGGUGUGCUGCCCGGAUGAGUAUCGAUACAACGUCCAAACUGCGAACCGAGCUGGGGCGUUCGACACCAAUGCAGCAAUGAACCUACUGCCUGAGCGGAGCGUCUGUGGGGUCAUGAACAACGACAGGAUAUACGGGGGCAAUCUGACUGAGAUCGACGAGCAUCCUUGGAUGGCAUUGAUCAAAUAUCAAAAAUUGGAUGGCACCGGUUUCUAUUGUGGUGGAGUGCUAAUAUCGUCUAGAUAUGUCCUGACCGCAGCUCACUGCGUCAAAGGGGCCGACCUUCCGGAAUCUUGGAGCGUCUCAGAAGUCCGCCUUGGCGAGUGGGACACGUCAAGCUCUAUCGACUGCCAGAGACCGGAUGAUUGCAGCCCGCCACCUCUGGACGUGCCCAUCGAGGAGGUCAUUGCACACGAAGGCUAUGUGCCCACAGAUGAACAUCAGCAAAACGACAUCGCACUCCUCCGGCUGGCAUAUGACGUGCAGUUCAAUGACUUCGUGAAGCCAAUAUGCCUUCCUACUGAUCCUUCGCUGAGGCGGAAAACUUUCGAGGGUGAUGAUAUGGAGGUGGCAGGGUGGGGAAAAACGGAAACAAGAUCAACAUCCAAUGUCAAGCUGAAAGUCGUAGUGCCAGUCGUCAGGAAGUCAGAUUGCCAGCAAGUUUACAGAAGGGCUCGACGUGUUAUCACGGACAAGCAACUUUGCGCGGGAGGCCUUCGGGGGCAGGAUUCCUGUAAAGGAGACUCCGGGGGCCCGCUGAUGGGCCAGAUCAACGCCAUGAACUGGAUGGCGAUCGGAGUUGUCUCCUACGGGCCCACACCUUGCGGAACCCCCGGCUGGCCGGGAGUCUACACCCGAGUCACUGCUUUCGUAGAUUGGAUACUUUCCAAAUUGAGACCCUAAUUUUUAAUUGCGGUAUUUGAUAGGUAUUUAAGUAGUAGUAGAGGUUUUGUGUGACAGAGCUCGUCCGGGGAAGUCCUACCGCCACGCUUAUUUUGCUACCACCUCAGCUCUUUGCACAGGUUUGCUGUGCUACGGUCUGAAGAGCGUGGCUGCCUAUGUAAUUACAGGCGCACGAGGUGUAACAACUAACACCUACGUCUCAGGUUAAUGGACACCGGGCAGCACGUGUUACACAUACACGCCCUGCGAAGUGCUGUUCUGUUUAUAGGAAUGAUUUUCCAUGUACCAUCAGGUGGGCCAUCUGUUUUGUCCGUAAAUUAUUAAUGUUAAAAGAGAGAAAAAGAAAAAGGUCCGAAAUUCUAGGCUUAGAUAAAAGGACUUUAACUCUUUUAUUAUUUAACUAAAUUUAAACAAUUUUGAAUUCGCUUUAUAUUAAAUUGAACAUUGUUUUGUUUCUUUUUUUUAACGAAUUCUCCAGCAUUCCGACUAUCGGGCGACUAUUAUUUUAUUCGUCCGACUUUCGGAUCUAGUCGUUCGCCGACUGGCAAUACACUUCUUCGUUUCUGUUACCGAGUGUCUGAUCAGACUUUCUGUUUGUAUUUAGUCGUCCCGAGCUAUCGUUCUCUCAGAAUCAACUACAAGUCGGAAAUAGACUCAGGAGGAAGGAAUAAAUAGGAACACUAUUUUGUCUCUGUCGAGAAGUAUGCUCGACACUCAGAAUAUCGAGUAAACUCGCGCCAGGUUCAGACGUGCAUUGAAUGUUCAUACAAAAUAGUGGCUCCAAUACCUUCCGAUAGCAAGCUCAGACUAUUAGAUUUGACUAUCCGAUGAAAACAAUCUGGCGUAUUUUCACGGCCUAAUAAGUCACAGCCUAGUUAGGUUGAGGCUCUUCUUUUAUGAGCACCCUUUAAUUUUCGAUUGUAAUGACACAAGACAGAACAAUGUUGUUACUUUUUUAUAAAUUUAAAAUGCAGAUAAAAAAUUUCGGAACCGACAGGAUUUGAACCUGCGACUCUCUGGCAAUCGCGGCCUG